CAUCAGCUGAAGAGCUAAAUUCAGCUUUCAUUCAUUUGUGUCGUUUAUCUCAACGCGAAUCGUUUUUACUUGAAUAUGACUUACUUGCAUGUAAAAAAUCACUAAGUCCUAAAUCUCCCAUUUUAUCAUUGUCUCCGUUCUUUGGUGAUGAUCGAGUUAUACGAGUGGGAGGUCGAUUAGAUACAUCCGAUUUUAACUUUGACAAAAAACAUCCAGUACUUUUACAUUCUACACAUCAUUUCACCAAAAUUUUGUUUGAAUAUGAACAUAAACAAAAUUUACACGCUGGCCCACAGCUACUAUUAGCUAUAAUUCGCGAAUUUGUAUGGCCUAUAAAUGGUAGGCAUUUAGCUCGACGUACAGUCCGUAACUGCUUUAAAUGUAGAAGACUACAGGGUAAAACUAUGAAGCCCAUGCUAUCAAAUCUACCGUCCCAACGUCUCACGCCAAGCUUUCCAUUUCAAACUGUUGGCCUCGAUUUCGGGGGCCCUUUUUAUAUUGUAAACAAAAGGGGUCGCGGCUCAGUACUUGUAAAAUGUUAUCUUUGUUUGUUCGUUUGUUUACGAUACAAAUGUGUACAUCUCGAAAUUGUUAGUGAUCUCUCAAAGGAUGCCUUUGUCAUGACGUUUCGCCGUUUUGUGUCACGAAGAGGCAAGCCGGCCGAGGUGUUCUGCGAUAACGGACGCAAUUUUGUUGCUGGCGCAAAAGAAAUUAACCACUUUUUAAAGGCUAAUGCAGCCUCUUUAUCUGACGUUGCAAGUGAAGAUGGAAUAAAAUUUUUAUUUUCUCCACCUUACGCACCUCACUUUGGCGGAAUCUUUGAAGCCGGUAUAAAAUCCGCUAAGUACCAUAUUAAACGCGUUAUGGGUAACUCGCACUUAACUUUUGAAGAGUUAGGUACUCUUUUUGCACAAGUAGAGGCCGUAAUGAACAGCCGUCCGCUUUGUCCCCUGUCAUCCUCUCCUGAUGAUUUCCUCUGCCUAACUCCCGGGCACUUCCUCAUUGGUCGAGCUCUCGUCGCGAUACCCUCACCUGAUGUGGAAGACUGCAACCCUAACAACCUGCAACGCUACGCAAGGCUACAACAAAUACAUCAACACUUUUGGCGACGUUGGCAGCGCGAGUAUAUUGCUGAGUUGCAACAACGCCACAAAUGGAAAACCAAUUCGUCCAACCCAAACGUAGGAGAUUUGGUAAUUCUACAAGAAGACGAUGUCCCUCCUCUCUGCUGGAAGCUCGGUCGAAUCUCAAGAUUAUUUUAUGGACCCUCUGAUCAUAUAGCACGAGUUGCUGAUGUAACCACGCGAGGAGGAUGCGUGCGCCGCCCCUUGGUUCGUCUGUGUCCCUUGCCUACUUCUGAAGAAUUAGAAGUUUGAAAAUUGAAGAUUUUCAACGCGGGCAGUAUGUUAACGCCUGACGUUAAAGUGUUGGCAAAAGUGUGCAUCAAAAAUCGUACUAUGAACAAUUAUCUUUUUUUUUUGACAACCUUCACUUCUCCACUAAUUUUCUUAACGCAAGCAUUGUUCAAAUUUUAAAAUUACAAAAA